AUGACGCGGAGGGUGGAAACGAAACGAGAGGAGGCCGCUGCGUUCGCUGUCGCCGUCGUCGGCCUCACUGGCCCCAGCCUCUGCUACGAGUGCCUGCAAUGCAAGGAUGAUCCAAACGGGGUUGUUAGAUUCAGCAGAACUUGGGAGCGCCUUGAUGAUUUGAGCAAAUCCAAGCACGGAACGGAACCAACCCAACCACUCCAGUCGAGACGAAACCUAAUCCGCACGGAAAGGUCGGUGGUGGCUAGUCAGGGUGCUCAGGGUCAGAGGAGAAGACAGUGA